AUGCCCACCUCUGCCCUUUCACCUCACCGGGCACCAGAACCAGAGAGUGCCACACUAACCAACGCUGCAGCCCCUGAGCCACAGAACACUCUGGUAAACAGCCCUGCACCCAACACCGCAGCCUCCGAGGAUCAGCCAGAAGAUGAAAAUUGGCCAUCGGAGCUUGACCCAAUCUCGCAUGCCAUGGUAGCAGGUUACAUUGACCUUGUCUUGGUGAAUGCAUUUCGAGCAACAUGGUUUAUUGCUCGGAAAUUAGGUGUUUCCACAUCUCGAGUAUUGCUCCUGCCUGUUUUAGCAAUUGCAUGUGAAAUGGACUUCAACAUCUGGGGUAGUAGAUUCGUGCUUACACCGAACCCAGCCGGUGGUGUUCAGGUUUGCCUUGUGCUUAAGGAGACAUGUCAAGCCCAACCGAGUGGGGCCAACGAUGAGGCAAUGAUGCAAGGGACAGACAAUAACCUAGAUGCUGCCACAGCAGCUACUCCAUCGUCAAAGUUGUUUGACUCCAAUCCAUGUUCCAUGAUCCAUGAUCCAACACAGCCAGACAAACCUGGAUCAUUGAUCGUUGCGAGCAGGAAGACCAGCUUUCUUCUCUCAUUUCCCCUCGCUGCUCAGCUGGAGCCUGUGUCACCUAGCACACCUCGCGGUUCUCCUAUUGAGACUGACCCAGACCUUCCUAGUCUUACCUCCACUUCCACUGGAUCUCUUAACCUUAGCUCCGAGCAGCUCGGUAUCCUGACAGCCAUCCUGCACAAUACUGCGAUUCUGCAAGUGCGAGCAUAA